AUGACCCAUCAGUACAGGUUCCUUGGUUGUGACAAACAUCACCAGGGAGGGGUUUUGACAGUGGAGCAGGCUAUGCCUGGAUUCGAGCAUACAAUAAAAGCUCUGUGCUUCCCUGUUUAUGUGCUGGGGCCCUACAACUACUCCAAUAAAGUCUUUAAGAUGGAGUUUAGUUCCGGCGACUUGGCUAAGCGCACCAAGAAGGUAGGGAUCAUUGGGAAAUACAGGACCCGUUAUGGUGCCUCCCUCCAGAAAAUGGUGAAGAAAGUUGAAAUCAGCCUGCACACCAAGUACACUUGCUCCUUCUGUGGCAAGACCAAGAUGAAGAGACGAGCCGUUGGCAUCUGGCACUGUGGUUCCUGCAUGAAAACGGUGGCUGGCGGGGCCUGGACCUACAACACCACCUCUGCAGUCACAGUGAAGUCGGCCAUCAGGAGGCUGAAGGAACUGAAAGACCAUAGAAGCCCUACCGUCUGAGAUUUGCCUAGCCUGCAAUAAACGGGUUAUUUACGU